AUGAGUCUCCGGCAGCUGCCCCUCCUGGGCAUGGCCCUCUUCGCAGGGCACGGCGCCUGCAAGGGCCCCUUCCUGACCCAGGUGGACACCCAGACCUGGGUGUUCGGCAACGACCUGUGGAACGUCACCGAGGGGAAGACCUACGCGACCAAGCUGUUCUCGAGCAUCCUGCCGGGCCACGACCUGGUCGGCGGCGCGUCUGGGCACUACGCCGGGAUGGACGGCGAGAACAACUUCGAGUGGACCAACGCCUCGAUAGUCUCCCAGGGGGCAGACCACAUCGACAUCGCCUUCUCGUCCACCUGCGCGGACCUGCACUGGGUCGUCUUCGAGGACCUCCAGGGCGCGUACCAGUACGUGGUCAACAAGGCGCUGCCGGACCUGCAGAUCAUCCGCACGCUGUGGCGGCUCGACAACGAGACCUUCACGCGCGGGCGCACCCACGUCAAGGACGAAGCCCUCCCGGACUGGGCGCUGUACGCGGGCGCGACAAAGGUGCAGGACGAGACGUGGGAGCUGGCUGAUGGGUCGUACAUCACCAAGUACGACUGGGUUAACUACGUGCGCGACCGGGACUUCUAUGGGGUGUAUGGGCCUGGUGUCGCUGGGUCGUGGUGGAUUCACCCUACUACUGAAUAUUUCUCGGCGAGCCAGCUCAGCCAGACUUUGACCGUCCACCGGGAGUCGGCGACAGGUGACGCUGUUCAGCUCAAUGUCUUCCAGGACACGUCUCAUUUCCGCGUCGGGGCCGACACCCACUCACCUGUGGGAAAGAUCUUCGGACCUUGGCUGUGGUACCUUAACAAUGGCUCCGUGGAAGACGUCGCUGAGCGCCGCAAGCAGGAGCUAGAGAAGUUCCCAUACAGCUGGCUGCCGGACGCGGUAUACCACAGCCGCGGCGAAAUCACGGGCAGCCUCCGCCUGUCCGACGGCCGCCCCGCGUCGGGCGCCUCGGUUUUCCUGGGCGACACGGACACGUCGGUCCGGCCGCUGGUGCAGGGAGACAACUACUACUACACGACAACAGCCGCAGCAGACGGGUCCUUCUCUAUCAGCGACGUGCGCACUGGAUUGUACGGGCUGUACGCGUGGUCCAACGGCGGCGACAUUGCAGACGUAUACACUAACGCCACAGUGACACCUAUCACCGUCGAUGCGGACAAGACCACGGCGCUGGGCGAGGUAGAGUGGGCUUUGCCAGCUGGACGCAAGCAGAUCUUCCAGGUGAGCGAGUUCGACAAGAAGGCGCUGGGCUUCAAGAACGGCGGGCUGCCGUACCAGCACGGCGUGACGGAGGAGAGCCCCGCGAACCUGACGUUCCGGGUGGGCUCCUCGGACGCGGCCGAGGACUGGUACUACGCCAUCUCAAAGCUGGGCAAGUGGACGAUCGAGUUCGAGGUCGGCGAGGCGGACCUGGCGGCGCACGCCAAAGCCAACGGGACCGCCGGUGCUCUGCUGAGCCUGUCGCUGGCGGGCUACUCGCAGAGCACGGCGGUGGACGUCGACGUCAACGGGCACGUGGUCGGGACGCUCAGCAAGGACGUGCUGACGAGCGACCCGGCGCUGUACAGGUCGGGCAAGACGAGCGGGGAGUGGAGGUUCGUGCAGUACGAGAUCGACGCGGGCGCGCUACUGGUGGCGGGGGCCAACACGGUCGGGUUCACGGUGACGCGUUACGUGCAGUGGCGCGGGGUCCUGUGGGAUAGCAUCAUCCUAGAGUGGCAGAACAAAGAGCUGAGAUAG